AUGUUUAGAAACAAUUACGACGGGGAUACAGUCACUUUUUCACCUACGGGCCGUCUUUUCCAGGUAGAAUACGCCUUGGAAGCCAUCAAACAAGGGAGCGUCACUGUGGGGUUACGUUCUAACACUCAUGCUGUUUUGGUAGCGUUGAAAAGAAAUGCGGACGAAUUGUCAUCAUACCAGAAAAAAAUCAUCAAAUGUGACGAGCACAUGGGGCUCUCGUUGGCUGGUUUGGCUCCAGAUGCCAGAGUUUUAAGCAAUUAUUUGAGACAGCAAUGUAAUUAUUCCAGUUUGGUCUUCAACAGGAAGCUCGCCGUCGAGAGAGCAGGCCAUUUGCUUUGCGAUAAAGCGCAGAAGAACACACAGUCCUACGGCGGUAGACCCUAUGGUGUUGGUUUGUUGAUCAUCGGGUAUGACAAGAGCGGUGCCCAUCUUCUAGAAUUUCAACCUUCUGGGAAUGUCAUGGAGCUAUACGGUACAUCUAUCGGUGCAAGAAGCCAAGGAGCAAAGACCUAUCUGGAGAGGACCUUGGACACGUUCAUAAAAAUUGACGGGAACCCGGAUGAACUUAUCAAAGCCGGCGUCGAGGCCAUCAGUCAGUCACUAAGGGACGAAUCCCUUACUGUGGACAACCUUUCAAUUGCCGUCGUGGGCGAGGAUUUGCCUUUCACGAUUUAUGAUGGAGAGGCUGUUGCUAAAUACAUUUAG